AUGGGGAUUUUUUCCGUUUUAGAGUGCGCCGUCCCACCUGUACCUGCACUUUUAGUGAUUGUAGUGCUUAUAAUUGUGCUACAUUACCUCAAGAGGCAGCUAUCAUCCAAUAACUAUCUGGAUAUGCCAGGACCAAUACAAUUUCCCUUUAUUGGCUGUAUGUAUUUAUUCCGGUGGUCAUCUUCUCCGCAAAAGACCCUGGCUUGGUUGUCAAGAGUGUAUGGCAAUGUGUACAGCUUAAACCUUGGAGGAACAAAUGUCGUUAUUGUCAACUCAAUGGACACCAUAAGACAAGUUCUUUAUAAAAGUAACCACGAUUUUUCAGGUCGCCCUCAGUUGUAUUCCUUUGGUCUCUGGGGAUGUAAAGCCUCCUUUAUGAUCACAGAUUACAACUCUGAUUACUUACGACAAAAAUACAAAGCCCAAAUAUCAUUACAGGAGCUUUUGAAUAGCGAAGAGUGUACACGUUCAAGACUUCAAAAAGCGGUGCAAACUUUAACUGGUAAAUUUAGUGAAAUUCAAGAAUCAACAAAUAGCGCAUUUAACCCCGAGAAAUGCAUCCGCGUCGCUGUUGCAGAUUUGGUCAUGGACUGCCUGUUUGGACCUUGCACAUCACGGCUGUUCUAUUACGAAGCGCGAGAAAUUCUUGAGCAAGCAUCUAGCGCCUAUAKCCGAAAAGCAUACGUCGGUGCAUGCACAGACUUUAUUUCCGUGAUGCGCAUUUUGUCCAAAAAGACGAUCAAUUCAGCACGUCUCCGCGUCACUGAGCUGCACGAAUUUGUGCGCAAAGUUUUUCAAGUUCACGAGGCAUCAUUUCUUCAACAAGCUGAACAUACAACAAGUUUAGCUUUUAUACUACGCUCAGAUGCAAAAAGAUGUCGAGAUCAUUUAGACCAAAGUUUACAGGAAAACACACUAGAUUAUCAUUAUGAGAUAGCAGAAUUACUGACUGAGGUCAUGUUUAAUGCAUAUGAAAAGAUUUCCACUUGUUUUGGAUGGUGUGUGGCAAGACUUGCAGCAGAUCAAAAUCUUCAACGAGAAAUUCAAAAGGAACUAACCGAUGACAUUCUUAAAGAUAGUGCGUCACUUUUAACAGCGACAAUUAAUGAAGUAUUGCGAACGUCUUGUAUUUUACCAUUUGGUAUUCCACGAAAAACAAUCAAAGAUACAACCCUUCAUGGAUACAAAAUACCCCAAGAUACACUUGUUUUUCUUAAUUUUUGGAGCUGCUGCAACGAUGCAAAAUAUUUUUCGAAUCCUCAGGAAUUCAACCCUUAUCGCUACAUUUCUGCCUCUAGUUCCGGGGAAGAAAAAAACACAGAAUUGCUUCCUUCGUUUUGCUGUUUCUCAGGCGGAGAUAGAAAGUGUUUUGGUGAUGCUUUUGCGAAGCGMUGCCUUAUUGCGCUUGCUGGGGGUAUCCUGAUGGAAUAUGACCUUGAACUUGUAACACCAAAGAUAUCCCGACUCCAAGGAAAGUAUGGAUUUUCCUUAAGGCCUUGCAAUUACACUAUUUUCGCUAGAAGGCGACAUACACAGACACUUUGA